AUGAUAUCUCCACGUGUCUUCAAUCAGUUGUUGACAGGUGUGAGAAAAAUUAAUCAAAUGGGUGAAAAUGAUCAUGGAGAAGAAUUUGAAAUCGAAGUGCCUGAAUUGUUGGUACCAAAGCAUCUGAUUGAUGAUACAGUCGCACCAAUGGCUCAACAGAUGCUUUCAGAUCAUUCACAAAAUCGUGAUGAAAACAAUGAGGAAGAGAAGAAUUACACAGAUGCGCCUGAUCUUAUGGAUGAGUCACCGUCAACACGUGAUAAGGAAGAUGAAUGUAAACAUCAAUAUUAUUCUCAAGAAACGGAGCAACUUGAAAAAGAUGGAAUAACGAUAGCUAGGCCACUUGGAGGAACGUUGGUAGUUAUGCAGAAGCACGAACAAACAGAUUAUGGAACACAGUUGGAUCAACCAAAACCAAUCGAAUCGUUUUCACAAACGAGUAAAGGAUCGAAAACAACAAAAUGGUUAGCAUUUCACGUAUCAACUCCGAUAGAAAAGAAAACGAGUGAAAAUGAUGUCGACAAACAGGCUGAUCGAAUCGGCGUGCAUGGAACAGUAUUAGAUGGAACAACGCACUUGAAAAUGUUAUUAAAUGGCUCCAAACAGACUGAAACACUUGCAAGUGCAUUGAGUAAACCCCGUGAAUCAAGUCAUGUUCGAAACCUCAAAACAGCCAGUCAACGGGAGUCAUUAAAUAUGAUGCCUUCGGGAGUUACAGAAUCAGUCAUUACAAUUUUUGGCGAUAGAAGUAGUCAAGAAGCGCCCUCAGAAUAUAAAACAACAGUACAGUCACUGCCGGAAACAAAAGAUGAAAAAUCCCAUGAUAUUGAAAUACGAGAACUAAUGAAGACAGUUAUUGAUGAUGUUGAAAACGGUCACAUUGGUAAACAAUGGAAUAUUCCCUUUUCUACAUUUAUAUCCUUUGCAUAUAAUCAAGAAAAACGAAAUGAGGGUGAAGAUGAACAUAAUCGAACAGCUCGUAACAAUGAACCAGUGUCAUUAGCAAAUUUAAGAAGCGAAACGUCUCAAAAUGAUGUAACAAAAGCCGUUUCGAAUCAUACGAGAGAUGAUCGGGCAAAGGCCUUGAAAUUAUUAGUUCACCAAGGGUUGUUGCAUUAUGACGAUUAUUUCAUCGGAAAAUAUCGAAACGGGCGCGUUCAACCACAAAAAGGUUAUUUUAAAUUGGCUCCAGAUGACUAUGAUCCAAAUAAACCGGGUGUAUCUGACAUUGAAUUCAUGUUUAAAUUGGAAAAAGUUCAUUUAACAAUGGAAGAAUUCGAAGAGUCAUUUAAGCCUACACCAAAAUCGAAUGGCGAAUCACUUACAGUUACACCAAAAUGGAACUUGAGUGACAAAGCAUUUGAGGUAUUGUCAUCGAAAAAAUUUUACGAAAUAGCAACCAUUGAUCCAGCAAAAUGGAAAUAUGAUCCUGAUACAGCUACUUCUCAGAAAGAAUCAACAUCGGAUGAAGACUUAUUUAUUUACCUUGUGCGACUGUUUGUCGAUAAAGUAUUAUUCUAG